CGGCUUUCAUGUACUGCAGCACUGGAGAAUAGGAGAGAAGGUCAUCUGCUUUAGUCUAUUGGCCGUGAAAAAUAAUUUAAUUAAAUUAAUCAACUUUUAGACAUAAAACACGGUCGUUUUUAAAAAUAUAAAAUAUGCUAUUACUUCGAUCAUAUUGAAUCAUCAGGGAGACAGACGGUGGCCACUGUCUCCUGGCGUCGGUCCCUUCGGAGUCAGAGCAUCAAAAUAAAACAAAAAAAAAGGAGAAACGUUUUUCGGACAACUGUUAAGAGAAUUGAGACUUUAGGCGUUCUCCAGUUUUCAGUUGAUUCGAACAUGUCUCCUUCGCGGUCCAUAUUGAUGGUGGGAGAAGGGAACUUCUCUUUUUCUGCCUCUGUCUGUAAGUUACGCUCAGAAGCUGGGAGUAGCAUCACGGCCACUUGCCUGCAGCGUCAGGAGGAGGCACUGCGGCACGAAGGUGCAGCCAGUAACAUCCAGACCAUCAGGGACUCAGGGGGAACUGUGCUUUUUGAAGUGGACUGCACAAAGCUGGGGGAAUGCGCCUCCCUUCAGGGCCGUGUGUUUGAUCGUGUGGUGUUCAACUUUCCCCACUGCGGAAGGAAGAGUGGAGUAAAAAAGAAUCGAGAGCUUCUCAAAAACUUCUUCCUCAGUUGCGUUCAGGUGUUGGCUGAAGAUGGGGAGGUUCAUGUCUCCCUGUGCAACGGGCAGGGUGGGACACCAGCAGACCAGCCAAAGCGAGAGUGGCACAACAGCUGGCAGGUGGCCGCCAUGGCAGCUGAAGCACAUCUAAUCCUCAGUGCUGUCCAUCAUUUUGACAGUGAGAAUCACCAGAACUACAAGUGCACUGGAUACAGGAGCCAGGAUAAGGGCUUUCAUGUGGAGAAAGCAUUGCUCCAUGUGUUUACUCGCAGCCUCCCUUACACUUCUGCUCACAUAGUUGAGGUUGAAGAGAUUAUUGAAGGGGAGAAGGUCCACUACAACAUACCUGCUGAGCUCAGUGAUUAUGUAUUCAGGAGAUUUCUCUGCUCAGAAUCUGUCCACCCGGUCAAGUUGGUGCAAGAUUUUCUUCUCGAGGGGCUUGAAGAAAAUUGGCCGGUCUCCAUGACGACAGAGUCUGUUUCCUUCCUCAUUGUGGCCAAACAACUGCAGACAGGCUGCUAUGGCACUGACAUCACACAGUGCUACUGGAUCCACCUGCUUCACAAAGACUUUACCGCUGACACUGAAAGAAAAGAUCCCAGCUGCUCAGACAUACAGGAAGCUUUGAGUGGCCUCAGCGUAACCUCAGACAAAGUGGACAGGAUAAGGAGCAAAGUAGAUGAGAAUGUAUGGUGUGUGUCCUCCCUUGAUAUUGAUCUUGAAGCGGAAAGCGACCUUCACAUGUUGCGUCCAUGCCUGCUCCCUCAGAUGAAAAAGCUGCUAAUUAAACAAAAAGAGUUAAAUAACAGUGCAGAGCUUCAGGAUGAGAGCGCGGAGAGUAAUACAAGUGCUGAAGAUAAAAGAAAUAAGGAUGAGGCUUGUGGGGAUUGUAAUGGUGUUACUAGUUUACUUGGGACUAGUGGCGUGGUGUUCAGGAAUGUGUCUGUCAGCCUCUGGGCUCUGCCCGCCUUUCACGAGCUUCUCCUCAGAGGUGUUUUCCCUUCAGAAAGUGAGCCGUUUAAAUUGCUUGGACAUAAGCUGGAAUCACUCCUUGCUCCCUAUGGGGUUUCCGUAGUAACAAAAGAAGGAGGCUUGCAUCUAAUGGCACAGCCAAUGGGUUUGGUUGGUGAGGUGUUCACAACCAGUGCAAGUGACAAUAAUGGCCAUGUCAACAUAAGCAUUUCUUUAAAUCUGGACCUCCUUGCUGUUCUCCUGUUCUCACUUCCCGACUGGCGGCUGCUAUGGUCACAUGACCAACGUUUCUCAAAACAGUUUUCAGUCCGUCCACCGCUGGGGACACCGUUUCGGCCAUUUUGCCUGUUUCCUGAGCCCUUCAGCUUUGAUAUCAGUUUCUGGACUGGGCCAACGUGGGAGGAAAAGAGAUUCCACGCAGCAGUCCGAGAAGCCAGCCACGGAACCGUUGAGCAGGUUAAACUCAUCGACACGUUCUCACAUCCUGACCUGAGCCAGAUCAGUUACUGCUACAGACUCAUUUACCAUUCACACACACAUGCUCUGUCACACACACAAGCUCUCCAGUUUCACAAGCAACUGGAGUCUUUACUUUCCACUCGGUUGCAGGUCACCAUCAGGUAGUGCAAAAUGGAAACUCUUGCAGACAAAAGAGAAACUGAUAUAUUGUAGUUCCAGAUGUGUGUAUGUCAGUGCUGAGAAAAUAUAUGCAAAACUUAAUCAGCAUUUAGAGUAGUUGAGGCAUUACUUGUAUUGUGUCUUUGAAAUGUAAUUUAUGUGUUUUAAUCGUAUAAUAAACUACAAGGCUUUGGUCCAUCUAUUA